UUGCUAAUAUUUCUCUAUACGGACAUAAUUGAGAAUACAAUUUUUAAAAAGAUAGCCGUUUUAAACUUAAUAUCAGCAUAAAGAUAGACACUAUUUUUUAUGAAAGCUUUGGAAGGUCCUCUAAUGAGUGUUAUGGAUUUAAGUAUUGCUUCAAAUGGUAAUAAAGUGAAAGAAAAACGGGAAAGGCAACCAAAUUGGACGGAAGCUGAAAAGCAAUUGCUACUAUCGCUGACACGCAUACAUAAAGUAAUUUUGGAAAAUAAGGGCAGCGACACAAUGACAAUCAAAAAGAAAUCGGAAGCAUGGGAUGAUAUAGCAACAAAUAUGCGAUCUGCAGGCUAUCAGCGCUCAAAAGAUCGACUUAAACAACAGUUGGGUCGCAUACGAGCUGCGGAGGCAAAGAAAGCAAAAGACGCACUAGCUAAAAGUCAGCCCCUGGAUAAUAGUUUGGCAAUAGCAGGCUGCUCAUUAGAGUCAUCUGGUAAUGACGAGUACAUACCCCAUAAUAUGAAAUUGGGAAAUUUUAAUUUUAUUACAGCAGCGUCUCUGAAUAGGCAAAGCAUAAGGAAUAUGCCAACGCCGAUGCAUGAAGUGGCAAUUAAGAUUGAGAAAGCUAUUUCUUUAGAAGAUUUUGAUACAUUAUCCAAUGGCAAGCAACCAAAUAAAAAUCCGAAUGACGUAUAUGGGUUAUCUGACUUAAGUUCGCAAUCACCUAUACCAGUCAUUCAUGAGUUAAACAAACGGAUGUGUCAAGGACCUCAAUAUCUCAGUUUAAACCAACAAAUUGUAGGCGAGGAUGGUGCGAGUGAAUCGGAGUGUCAGUUGCCUCCCAUUUCUUCUACAAGCCAGAAUAGUCAUUUUAAGUGCCAUUGCAAUCAUAAGAAAUUAAAGCAUGUUCGUCUUCGUAUUAACGGUUAUGCUCCACGCACUCGCGCUCAGCGAGCUCGGCAGUUACAUUUGUAUCGAGUUGCUGUGGAAAAGGAACGUUUGAAAAUGCUUCGAUUGCAACAGAAGCGUGAUCGAAUUUUUUACCGGAAAGACAAAGAAAUACAAAACUUGAAGUUGCAAAUUUUGAGUAAUCUAGCCGUAAACAGAAUCAAUCACAUCAAUUUCACCUAAUCAUUUACGAAGCUUACUAGAUUUUGUGCGCUUGAGCUUGAAAUAAUUAGAUUUUAAAUUUUUUCGGCGUUUCGCACGUUGAUUUAAAUUGCAUGUGUUUGUAUUACUAGCCUAUCUUCGUGCAAUGAAUAUGACAUUGGAACUACAAUUCUAUAGAUGAAUUAACCAACGUGUUUUAAAUUUUUUAACCUUCACAAACAGUUACUAAUUUGAAAACUAUGUUUUUUAUUAUUAAGGUACAUAUUUGAAGGGUUCAUAUUUGCACUCAUAUGAGCAGCGAAUUUUGAUAAAAGCUGGUAAAUGAGUUGAUAUGAGCCAAAGUGAGGGUUUUAGUGCUGAAUUCAUCACCGAAUUUUAACACAGGGAACGUACACUUCUGUUAGGUGUUUGGCCAAGCUCCUCCUCCUAUUUGUGGUGUGCCUCUUGAUGUUGUUCCACAAUAGGAGGUAUCUACAGUUUAAUUCAUACUCAACAAAUAUAGCUUCUAAC